AUGGUUAUCUCCAAACUACCCGCAAUCCUCAAAAUUUGUUUCCGCCCCCCGGCGGGCACCUCUUGGACCGCCGGAGGCGAUGUGAGUGAAUUCUACGGCAGCUGGAGCUUCACCAUCUACCGCACCGCCUACGGCCCGGGCACCGACGCGCAGUGGCGUACCCUCCUCGACAAGAUCCGGGCCCAAGACGUUUUCGAGAUAGAAUGUUACCUCGAGGCCGGCGAGGAGGACGUCGCCGCACAGCUCAAGUCCCUCUUCGUCCUCGACGCCCGCUCCGACGCCGCUCUGCUUGCGAACAAAACUAUGGAGGAGGUGCGCGAGAUUUACAAACAGGCGGUGGUGGCCAGUCGCAGGUCCGCCGCUGGCCGUGACACCCUUAACAGCAAGUCGCUGAGCCGAUCGCUGCCCCUCAUGCACGACAGCCUCAACCAACGCGCGUUACUCCUUGCUGACGCCGAGGUGCUAGAGGGCGUCGGCCGGGACCCCUACUUCUGGGUCAAGUGCGUCGAAGCUGAUUUGGCCAAGGAGAACAGCGCCCCCGCGGCCCACGGGGGAAGUCAUAGAGCAGCAGUCGGGCCUUGGUCUGGUUGGAUGAAGAUGACGACCCGCAGCGUGGUUGAUUUGUGUGCCGAGAUGCCGGUGCGUGAUCUGGCCAGUAUUGCGCCUGGUGCGAGGGCCGCGGACGAGAUGCCUAUGUACAACGGCGAGCUGACCGGGUCGUCGCUGACGAGCAAGAUGUCGAGCGGCAAUUGA